AUGUUAGCACCACGCCCGCCAGCAGGCGACCUAGAACACUUGCCUGAGCAGCAGAGCCUCGCCAGCGUUGGACAAGUGUCCAUCUCGGAUUUGUUCCUCGCGACACUCUCGGAGCAGAACGAAGCCGCAGCGUCCCAGUUAUCUGUCGCACCAGAGGCAUGGUAUCAGAAGAGCAAUGAAAACCAGACCCUCACAACGGCAACUACUAAUCGUUACGCCGAGCCUGAGUUGUCAUGGUUUCUCACUCCAGAUUCGUGGGAGAUCCAAAAAGACUGGACAUCUACUCCGCCACCUCCGUCUUCCCUCUUCAGGAGUUUCGUCACAGCCAUUCGUGGCUGGCUCCGAGAUUGGGCUGUGCACGGCAAUAACAUCUUCAUUCACAAGGAGUUAUAUCGAUCAGAUUUACCAUGCUAUCUAGAGGACGCGUACACGACUCUCGUCGCGUAUCGAGCCAAGACCGAGGAAACAGAAGACAUGGUGCUGCAGAUCGUUGAGAAUCGCACCACAGGCCUUUGCCAGCAGUCGGUCCUGCUGGAGGAGGUCGAGUCGCUCGAUACAAAAGCUCAUCUCGCUCGCACCCAAGCAUUACUGGUGUACACCCUGAUCCGUCUCUUCGACGGGUGCCCCCGACAGCGAGCCCUGGCCGAGGAUACACUCUGCACCCUAAGCCAGUGGUGCCACCAAAUGCGCGACGCCGCCGUCACAGAGGCGCCGCGGCUCUUUGAGCAGCUGACACUGCUCCGGCCCGGCGAGGACGGCGGCGGCGGCGGCGGCCGAGGCGCCCUCGAACUGGCGACCUGGCGGGCGUGGAUCCUCUCGGAGAGCGUGCGGCGGACCUGGAUGCUCGUGUCCUCCACCAUCAACGUCUACGGGUCGAAAAAGAACGGCUGGGCCGGGUGCGGCGGCAUCCUGCUGUUCACGACCCGCCAAGGACUCUGGGAGGCGCCCAGCGCGUGGCAGUGGGCGCAACAGGUGCGGAAGCAGAGCCCACUUUUCAUGGAGAGCAGAAAUGUCAGGCUGCUGAUGGAGGAAGCGUCCCCGGCCGAGACGGACCUCUUUACUAAUCAGCUGCUCUCUGUUGUGCACUCGCCCGAACAGAGAGAUCGCUGGGUGGCCAAGAUGGCCCUGGUUCAGGGCUAG